AUGUAUUGUCGUCCGAUACGUUUAGUGAAAAUUUGUCUUCUUACUUUAUGUUUUUCAAUAUGUUUAUAUGAAAUCUCGAUAUUUCUCUACAAAUCGAAACGGACUGGUAUUAUUUCUACAAAGACAAAUUCCACCGAACAGUUUUCAUUGAAGUCUUCGAAAGAAUUUCAAGAAAUCUUCGAAAAACUUUCACCAUUCACAGUCCAUCUACCAAAAUUUUUCGACGAAGAAGCGAAAAAUUGGUUCUACAAUUGUACCUAUUAUAAAAUCAAUUCGAAAAAAUGUCCGGAGAAAAAUUGUGAAAAAAAUGGAGUUCUUUUUAACGAUCCAAAAGAACAUUUAGAUGUUCACUUAGCAUUUGUUAGAAAUGGUCUUUAUAUGAAUGAAGAUUGCGGUUAUAACUAUGAUAAUCAAGCCAUGCGAAGAGUUUUUGAAAAUGAAAAAGAUAUUCCAGCAGUUUAUGAUACAGCAUUUAUUUACACAGUUCCUGAUGGAUGGGCUUUUCAACAUUUUCUUGAUGGAAUUGGUCCAAAAUUGUCUCAUUCAUUUACAUUUUUAAAUAAAUAUCCAGAUGCAAAAGUUGUUAUUCUAAGAGGGUCACGGUUUGAUCGAUCCGUGAAGGAAAUUUGGGAAAUGCUUGGUGUUCCAGAAUUUUCUCGAAUUAUUCAUCAUAGUGGUGGAUCGAGAAUUGGUGCUCGUUUAUUAAUCAAUCCUUGUCGUACACCUGAUCCCAAUCAUAUUAAAUAUCGUAUUGAAUUAUUCUACAAUGCUCGUUAUAUUAUCGGUGUUCAUAGUGGAGCUUUGUCAAAUAUGAAUUUCGCUCAGUCAGGCACCACAUUAAUUGAGAUAAUGCCUUAUAGAUCAGGAACGAGUUCAUUGCCAAUGACAUGUUCAAUGUUUAAUCCACUUGAUUUAAAAGCAUGUGCUGGUUAUAUUUUAUAUACACAAUCUCAGUUAUUAAAUCAAACUUAUUGGAUUUUACCGACUGUUGUUAAUAAUGAUGGAAAUAUGAACGUGAAUUUGAGUCGAGUGGAAAAUCUUCUUCAACAAAUUUAG